AAAUUUAAUUUAAUUUUAGUUGCAUAAGAAUUUAAAAAAAAAAUUGAAACAAUGCUAACUCAUGAAUAGUUCAACAAAAUGCAAGUUUCUCUAUCCUGAGGUCGAUGGAAACUAUGGUCAGUUACCCAUUAUUGUAUUUACAAGUGUUUCAAUGUGUAUCUCGAUACCUGGUAACAUCAUAACAGGUUUAACGAUUCUAAGAAACUUCAAGUUGCGAUCAGAACCUGCAUACCUUCUUAUCUGUUCAGUUUGCGUUGCAGACACAUUAGUCGGUGCCGCCGCUCAACCUUUUUUGAUAACAGCCACAGUGCUAGGUAUGAAACGCUCCUGUAUUUUGGACAAAGUAUACUUUGUGUUAGCAUGGCUUUCAUCUUGUGCAUCAACAUUAGGAGUUAUGACUAUUACAAUAGAUCGUUAUCUGUAUAUUGUUCACCCUAUGAACUACACAAUAUUAAUGACUCAACAACGUGCUACUAUUAUGAUAUUUAUUGUAUGGUUUACAUCCCUACUAUUUGCAACUAUGCCAAUAAUUUAUUACAACAUGUUAGCACUCCACAUUACAGCAUUAUCUGUCUUUAUAUUUAUAACCUCAUUUAUGACUUACACUUAUGGAAAGGUUUACUUUAAAUUAAAGGUACCAUCUACAUCUCUGCCUUUUUCAAGAAUACAUGGCAGAAAAACAAAAGUGCGAACACAAGCAUCGCGUACUAUUCUUAUGGUAGUAAUUGGCUUCUUUGGUUGUUGGUAUCCAUGGGUCAUUAUAAGUUUACUAGUUGCAAUUUCUAAACAACAAAACUCAUCUAAAGCUAACAUAACCCCAUCAUCUUUUAUAAUAAAGCUAUACUGGAUAUUUCUUACCUUAGGUUAUUCAAACAGUGCCCUUAAUGUAUUCAUUUAUAGUAGGAAGAAUACUAUUUUGCGUAAAGCAGUAGAGAAAUUUUUAGGAUUAAAAAUACGAAACAGCACAAUAGUAGGAUAUUCGCUAGAAAAAGAAGAAACUAAAAAAAGUAAAUUAAAUGAAAGCAAAUCAACUAUGGCAGAUUUAACAGAUUUAUGUCGCAGGUUUGCUAAAUUAAACAGAGUAUACCCACAAAAAUUGUCAAACAAACAAGUGAACUCAAUGGAAGUAAAUAACUAUGUUGAAAGAACUGACUCUAUUUGUAAAGUUGAUGCAGCUAUUUUAAACAGUUCACUAAUAUUUUUAAAAACAUACUAAAUACAGAAUUUUAUUCAUAAAACUUUAUUAUACAGAAAUUGUAGUACUUUGAAUUUUAGUUGUUAAAACCUAUUUAUAGUAGAAAAUUAUUUUAAAAUAUGUUUAAUUAAGACUACAUA